GCGGGAGGCACGGCCGCCAGCCGCACGCCGGUCAGUCCCAGUUGACCGGGCAGCCCGCUCGAGACAUUCAGAGCCUCGGCGAGAACGCGCGCAGCAUGUCGACCGCCCCGCUCCUCCUGGCCGUCGUGGCCAGCCUGCUGCUCAUCAACCUCGGCGCCGCCGCCCCCGCCGAGCAGGCCGCCGCAGCCGCAGCACCCGCGGCCCCCGACCAGGCCGUGGAGGCCGCGGAGAGCGCCGCCACCCUUGAGGACGAGGUCGUGCAGACGGCGGAGGCCGGCGGCCCGAAGAAGAACAAGAAGCGCAGCCAGGGCACGUCGCACGUCGGCAACCUGCUGGCGCCGCUGCUGGAGACGCCCAACGUGUACCCGGAGACCGUGUCCCUCUCGCCGCAGCAGAACGACCCCAAGAAGAAGAGCAACGCCGUGCAGGGCAUCCUGCUCAACAUCCUGCAGCCGAAGCCCAUCGUGGACUCGAUCCGCGAGGAGGACAAGUACGGCAACACCGGGGACCGUUUCGCCUUCGUCGGUCGGGGAGUGGUCGCCGGCUUCGAAGGCUUCAGCAACAUCCUCAACAAGGUCCUUGAUUUCCCGUUCGAGACAGCCAAGAAAGUGUCCCGCAGCGCCACCGAGGCCCUAAAUAACCUGGGCUCCAGACUCAUCGGACUGUAGACCUCCAUAACGCCAAAUGAAAACACACACGUACCUUGAAAACAUAGUUUAAGUUUGAUUAAGUGUUGUGCCUUGUAAAUAUUACCUUGUUAAUAAAAAAAACUGUUGUUUUUUUCUUCUUUGA